UUGUUCAACGAGACCGACACGUUAUUUCUGAGCGAUCCGAGCAACACGCUAUUUCGAGAAUCAAAGUGCACCGUGAAAUCGAACAACGUUCGCAGACCGCAGCUUCGUGAACUACCGGCCACAAGCAAAUGGCUUUAAAGAGAAUCAACAAGGAGCUGAACGAUUUGGCCAGCGAUCCCCCGGCACAGUGCUCGGCAGGACCGGUCGGAGACGAUCUAUUUCAAUGGCAGGCAACGAUCAUAGGACCACAGGAAAGUCCGUACCAGGGUGGGUUGUUCUUCCUGAACAUACAAUUCCCCACGGACUACCCCUUCAAACCACCGAAGGUAUCGGCGGCCACCCGUAUCUACCAUCCCAACAUCAACAGCAACGGUUCGAUUUGUCUCGAUAUACUGCGCUCCCAGUGGUCACCGGCUCUCACUAUUGCGAAAGUGCUGUUGUCGAUCUGUUCGCUGCUCUGCGAUCCCAAUCCGGACGAUCCGCUCGUACCGGAGAUCGCUCGGAUAUACAAAACGGAUCGUGACCAGUACAACCUGAUUGCCCGCGAGUGGACUCGAAAAUACGCCAUGUGAAGAACACAGCAAUACUACGGAACAUCAAGCGAUAACAGUGCAACCCUUCGAGAAAGCCAAAUCCAAAUAUGAAUAUAGUUCUGUUGGGGUCGUAACCGUAGUGUAAUGGGCACUAGGUGGCAUUCUAUUCUCUUCAAGUUCUUCGUUACCCGGUGCCAGCAGCUAAUGUUUAAGCUUCCAGCAAACGUUCUGUAUCCUGCUGGCAAAGACUAUC